CUUCAACUCCUUCCGAUGUCUCGUAUUCAACUUUGGUUAAAUCUUCUUCAACAUCAUCAUUUUGCACUUUGGUUCUUGACCCACGUUGUUCACGAUAAGCCGCCGCCAUCUUGAGAAAACACACAAUGAUUAUCGUGAAGCAUACUGGGAUGUAAUCUGAAUGAAAAAAGCGGAUGUGGGCGGGAAUAUGAAGAAAUAUCAUCACUUGCAGUGCAGAUACGGUGCUUCACAAAAAUGUUCGAAGUUUGACGAGGCGGACGAGGAAAAGCAUUGCAGAAAAUGUCGUAUAGCCAGGAAAUGUUGAUACUCAAGGACUCGAUUGACAGUUUGUCUCAGUUGUUGGAGGAAUUGCUUGAAAAAGCUCAACAACAUGUGAUGGAGUCCGUGGAAAAUUUCGUCAGUGAUAAAAUUCGCUGUCUUGGCAAAGCUAUAGGGGGCUAUUACACUUGCAUGAGCAAAAUAAAGGCGUCUACUAGAGCAGAAUUUGAGGAAAUGUGGAAAAGUCAUUAUCAUGAUAGGCAUGUCAGGGAAAGUAUUGAGAAUUUACUUGAAGUUGAGGAGAACUGGGAUCAAUUCUUGAAAGAUGUGGAUCAAAAAAUUGGUGGUAAUCAAUCUGCAAGUAGUGUAAAUGUUGGCACACAAGCACCCAUGGAUCUACCUAUCUUUAAUAUCACCACUUCAAGCUCUACAACCUUGGGCUUAUUCAAAAGUGGAUAUGAUUUUUUAUUGCUAAUAUUUUUGCGUCAUUUUGCUUGAUUGCCUUGACGGGACCAUGUGGCUCAAAUUGAAAAAUCGCUGGCAGAAUUCGAGCAAAAAAAUACAAAGGUUGCUGUAGUGAGCUUUGGAUCAAAGGAGAAAGCAGUUUUAUGGGUGGAAGAUACAAAAUGUAGUAUUCCUAUGUUACUGGAUAAAGAUCGUGAUGUCUAUGUUGCUUUUGGACUAGGCAGGUCAGUGUCUAAAGUCUGGGCAAUAUCUACUAUAGUGUAUUAUGCAGAACAGAAGCUUGCUGGUCGCUCCUUGCUGGCAAUGCUUAAUGAAGAUGAUCCUCACCAACUUGGUGGGGAUUUUAUCAUCAACAGUGAUGGUAAAUUUCUUUUGGUUUAUCACAGUAAAACAUCAACUGACAGACCUUCUGUUGACUAUCUUCUCAACUAUCUACAAUCUUCCAUUAAUGCACAAUAAUCUUUUGAAGUGUGGAGAUUAUUUUGUGUUGAAGUCUAUGAGUUUUAUCAUGACCUUAUAAAUGACAAUGGUUUCCGAAACCUUUGAGUGGUGGUUGUCAUUUGAUGUUGUAUAAGGUUAAUAAUGUGGUCAAUUAGUGGUGGUUAUCAUUUGAUGUUGUAUAACAUUAAUAAUGUGGUCAAUUAGUGGUGGAUAUUGUUUGAUGUUGUAUAACAUUAAUAAUGUGGUCAAAUAGUGGUGGAUAUUGUUUGAUGUUGUAUAACAUUAAUAUUGUGGUCAAUUAGUGGUGGUUAUCAUUUGAUGUUGUAUAACAUUAAUAAUGUGGUCAAUU